AUGAGACAUGAGGGGGUUUUAGGGCACGCUGUGGAUUCGGAGCUAGAUGCGGAAAGGAGUACUGGUCUGACAGAGUUCCAGGUUGGUCAGCAAUUCCAGGAUAAAGAUGAGGCCCUUUUAAGUGUGAAGACUUACAGCAUCGGCGAGGGGUACAGUACAGGUGGUGGAGUCCGAUCACCGCCGGUAUGUGGGCAAGUGUUCCGAGUUUGGGAAUGGGUGCACAUGGUUGAUUCGGCGAGUCUCCGGAAGCGCAAGGGCAUCUGGGAGGUCAAACGGGCCGAUGCAUCCGUGAGCAUCAAGGUGCUCCUGACGCCACGGCAGCACUUUGGUUUUAAGCCGACUUACUGGAGGGUUUGGAUGGCGAAGCAGAAAUCUAUUGCCCUCAUAUACGGUGACUGGGAUGAGUCCUACAACGACCUGCCUAGGUGGGUCUUGGGUGUCCAUGACGAUGCCUGGGAGUGUUGUGGUCCUAAAGACGAGCCCGGUUCGAGUUGGAGGACAGGGGAAGUAUGGGGGAACGUUGCUCAUCGCGAUUGCACAGGAUGGGAACUCCAACAUUCUACCUGUGGCAUUCGCACUAGUAGAGGUGAGAACGCGGAAUCCUGGACAUUCUUUCUCUCACACCUUCGACAGCACGUGACCCUGCAGCCCGGUCUGCUGGUUAUAUCGGACAGGCACAACGGCAUCAAGGCUGCACUUGAGGCCCCUGACGGCGGUUGGCUACCGCCAUCUGCGUACCGUGUAUUCUGCAUACGACACGUUGCGGCUAAUUUUGCCCUAACCUUCAAGGCAAAGACGCUAGGAGGCUACUAG